AUGUGGAUACACAAUGACUGGGACGUCAUUAAACAGCAGACGAGACUACCAGCGCUGCUGGCAGAACACAACACCAAGCUCGUUGUACUGGACUCGGUCGCUGCCGUCUUUCGUCUCGAGUCCACGUCGUCUGUCAAGGUAGUGGCUGCGUCCGUCUCUCUUUUGCAGCAGUUGCUGUUGUCUCGGCACGCAGCUGUGUCUCUCUUGGCUGUCGUGCUUGGGGGUUGA